AUGUGCGAUGUAGCAGGGACAGGAGAGUUGUUGAGGAAGAGCAAAUGUGGAAAGAGACCAACUAUCCGACCCACCGGCCCACCGGCCCACCGACCCCACCGAUCCACCGACCGCACCGACCCACCGGCCCACCGAGAGACCAACCAUCCGACCCACCGAGAGACCAACUAUCCGACCCACAGACCCACCAAGAGACCAUCCUUUCGACCAUACCGACCCACCGAGAGACCAACCUUUCGAACCUACCGAUCCACCGAGAGACCAACCCACGGACCCACCAAGAGACCAACCUUCAUCCCACCAAGAGACCAACCUUUCGACCCACCGAGAGACCAACCCACCGACCCACCAAGAGACCAACCUUCCGACCCACCAAGAGACCAACUUUCCGACCCACCAAAAGACCAACCCAUCGACCCACCGAGAGACCACCUUUCCGACCCACCAAGAGACCACCUUUCCGACCCACCAAAAGACCAACCCAUCGACCCACCAAGAGACCAACUUUCCGACCCACCGAGAGACCAACUAUCCGACCCACAGACCCACCAAGAGACCAUCCUUUCGACCAUACCGACCCACCGAGAGACCAACUUUCCGACCCACCAAGAGACCAACCUUCCGACCCACCAAAAGACCAACCCAUCGACCCACCGAGAGACCACCUUUCCGACCCACCAGGAGACCAACCUAUCGACCCACCGAGAGACCACCCUUCCGACCCACCAAGAGACCAACCUUCCGACCCACCGAGAGACCAUCCCACUGAGAGACCGACCCACCAAAAGACCGACCCACCAAAAGACCGACCCACCAAGUGACCGACACACCGAGAGACCGACCCACCGAGAGACCGACUCACCGAGAGACCGACCCACCGAGAGACCGACACACCGAGAGACCGACCCACCGAGAGACCGACCCACCGAGAGACCAUCCCACUGA